CUCGAAGUCAAGGCGUCACCAGACCCACUUGACGCCAGUCGCAGUUACCGACAAUGCAGAGCUCACGAGGUUGGUGGAGACCGAUGCAAGGCGACAUUCAUGAAUUGGGUUUGGUUUCAUUAACGCAUGAAUGCUGUGUCUGUGCCCAGCAAAGGCAUCGGACGAGCUUGGAGAAGGAAAAAACGUGAGGCCGUCUGGAUGAUCUGUAUGCGGUUGUGAUUUCGUUUUGUGGCCUAAAGGUCUUGUCAUUUCACCCACUGCUUGAAGGUCUCUUCGGCGUCCUUUGUAAGGCCACAAACAAGCCACACACAGGAGUGUAAUUGACUUGAUGUAAGGCAUCUAUCCAUGUAUGUGUCUGCUGUUUGUGUGUACAGAUGUGGUCGGCGCGAAAUGGAUUGACAGAUCAAUCUCAGAACACCACACCAGACCAUGGUCGGUCCAGUCCCUUCCUGAGGUUUGCUUGUUGGUCAUGAAAACAGGUGGAUUCAUCGCGCCGAGACAAGGACGAUGCCCAUGUGCGGAUAUCCGGUACACGAAGCCAGACAUACUCACGCUUCACCACGGUGAGGCAUUCAUGUCCGGCUCCUCGUUUUGCCCGCUGUCAGCCCGCAUUCUGGAAGCGUUGCGGCUCGUCAUCGAGGGGCUUCAGCUUGUCCCACUGAUUCUGCUAAACACAGGGUGCGCCGAGACAGAUAGACUGCUGGUUGCCUGCGGCAAUACUGGAUGGGUGUGGUCUGUGUGUGCCGGUCUACGGCCCCCCAACCCAUGACAGGAACAAACUCCCCUACUGCGACCACGUCGACCUUUUUGACCCAGAUUGCAUCUUUGUGUUGGUGACGAAUCCCCUGCUGCUGCUGGCUGAGACAACCACAGAAGGCGCCCAUGGAAGGACUGGCAGCGUAUACAUGGUGCUCUCCCUAGUUCUGGCAGUCCUUGUCUUUGCCAGCGCUGGCAGCGGGAUCCUGGUGGCACAAACCUUUCGAUCGAGGCAAAUCAACCUCGCAGCACCCAUCUUUGUCAUUAAAUUUUUCUGCAUCGGUACGCAAGCCGGCGGGGUAUGGGAGAAUGGCAUUGACCGUAUUUUCUCCGUCUUGUUUGACUGACGUCACUUUCUGCAGUGCUGGCUACGACCUAUUACACCUCUCUGACUGUGACGCUGAUGAUGUGCUUCUCCUGUGCCACGCUUGAGUCAGUGAUAGGUCCAGACUUCCUGUGCAAUUCCUACUUGCACAUCUUCGCCCAGGCCGCCAGCCUGCUGGCGCUCAUUCUUCUGUUGGCCAUGUCAAUCGUUGUCGCACUCCUCUACAACAAGUAUCAGAACAUGCAUGCCAGCCAGUCUGUGCACAAAUCCGUAUGCGGAUGUGCGGAUGUGCGUGCAGGUUUGAUCAGUUCUCGCAGUCCCAGUCAGCAGCCGCUCAUGGGAGGGUCGAGGUCUGGGUGGUCAUCAUGAAAACGGUCGUAGCGGCCAAUAGGAUCACUCUCGAUUCGUAUGAAGGACACGAGGACUUGGAGACGUGGACGCGGUACUGCAGCGUGGCCAACUUUAUUCUUUUGGCCCUCGUGGCUGUCCUCACGGCCGUCCAGUCACCGAGCUACUGUGACUUUGUCAACAAACUGCGGGUGGCCAUCUUCUCCGCACUGGCAUUUGGGGCCCUCUAUCCCCUCUCACACAAUAUCUACCUCACAGCUGCACGUAAGGACCUCGGUGGGCGUCUUGGUCUGAUCACUAACUCGUGUCAUUUGCUCGACUGUUCAGUCGUAACGCUGGCCCUGCUGAUAGGGUGGGAGGGGAGAUGCACCCGGGGGACCGCAUCUGGGUGUGUGUACGGUCCCAUUCAGGUUGAGCCCUGCGGGUGUGUACCGCAAGUACUACUUCGUUAGGCUUUUGGAGCGGAGCUGGUCGGAGGUAUACGAAAACUACGACGAGGAAUAUAGGAACCUCCUACUUUCAGUAAACAUCAAAAGUCAAGCGACACAUUGGGACAAGUUUGUGUGAUUCGUUUGAUUCAGGCACUUUACAGCGAGGUCGAGCGGCCUCGCGGGCAAUUUGCUGGCGGCGCUGUGGACAAUCUGCAGAGGGACAGCAUCUCGUUCAUGAGAGGUGGCGAUGACGACCAGAAGAGUCAUGCGACGAGCACGAUGGUGAAUCGGCUCCAGUCGGGCUACAAGGCGAGGCUAGUACGCAAGUCCGUCUACUGGGAUACCGACAUAGAGCUGAUGUUGCGCGCAAUCCGAGACAGGUGGUAUGACUUCAGUGAUAAGGAAAAGGAAGUGAGCAUCUGAUCUAGCAAUCUAGUACACCAAUCACACAUGACAUCGAUGUGCAUACGUACGUGUGGUGUUGCGCGUAGGUCAUCCGUGUACUAGUGGAUGAACUGUUCUACUUCCUCCUUCGCGGUCGAUUAUCCACUGCACAACGAGCAUUCACUUACGCAUGGUAACGGAGACAGAGAGAACCUCCCUCUCUGGGACGGCUGUUCUGUGUCUUUUCCUUCACAUGUAUAUGCGUGUAGGUACGCCCUGACGUGCCGAGUGCUCUUCAACGAGACCUUCGGGGUACGGAAACACAACUGAAGCACACACUCAGUCAGUCAGUCACUCACUCACUCAGUCACUGGAUAUACAUACUUACAUACAUACAUACAUACAUACAUGCCUUGCAAUUGUGUGUGGGCGGCAUGACAGGUGUAUCGAUUCAUUCGCUACGCCAAUCAGAACUCCAACACGUUUCAGAUUGACGUGCCCUAUAUAUGCUACUACCUCUCCAAAGACAUCGAGACAGCAAGACAGGCCACGUACCUCAUGGGCGGGCUGGGCACCAGAAAACUCACACUCAUCGACCUCAUGACUUACAAAGUCCUCACAUAGUAUUACACACACAGCCAACACAGUGCUUUGAUCUUCACACAUGUCCCUGUUUGGUGUCUACUGGCGUCUCUUUGUUUGUGCGCACAGAAAUGGUCGGUGGCCGCCAAGGUGAAUCAUCUGAGGGCUCUGGAGCUGCUGGUCAAGUUCUGGCGGAUGUCUUCGCAGCAUACUGCGCAGAUCAAGCCACAGGCAAAGGUAAGGCUCCCUCCCCGUCUGUUUCUAUCUAUGUGUAAGUCAGUGUUGCCUGCCAUGUAGGUUCUACAUAACGCCCUCGUUGCGUUGAGGACGGCCGAGGGGGCUUACAUGAACCUGCUUUCUCGAUUUCCGAAAGCCCCUGAGGCCCUCGACCUUUACGCUGCCUUCGUACGGAACGUAAUGCUCGAUGAAAAGUGAGUAUCGAGCAACACGGCUUCGCCUGGUGGCCUGUGCCUCUUUGCAUCGUAUCUAUCUUUGGUGUGCAUGUGCAGGCGCGCGGAAGUUCUUCUGCAAAACGACCUGGCGGAGUCCUCCUCGCAGUACAGCUCGUCUCACCACAGCAGCUCUAUUGGGAGGAACCUCCUGCUGGUGGGGAUGGACCGCAAACUGGAACGAGUAAUGACCAAGCACUGGGGAACACGACUGACUGACUGCUCUUCCCUACGCUCGUCCCCACGUCUCCUCCCUCCCUGCCUCCCUCCCUGCCUUGCUCUGGUUGGUGUGUUGUGUUGUGAUGUGAUGUGGAUGCAUCCAGGUGAUGAGCAUCGAGCAGAAGAAGAUGCGAGCGCUGCACUGGAUCAAGGCAAUGACCCUGCUCGCAUUGGUCGUAUUCGUCGUCAUGUCCUUCGUGUCCCACCACCUCGGCAUGACAGUAAGAAAGAAUGUGUGAUGCACAUCGACAAGCUCUCAGUCCUUCGCGUGGUGCAGGAGCAGACAUACGUCACCGAGAAGAUGGUGGAGCUCGACCACCAUGGCUCACUCAUGAACUCGUGGUCCGAGACAUGCAUUCACCUCAACAAACUCAUCAUCUACAAGGUCGCACAUUUCGUGUUGAGUUUCUUGACUUUAUAAGAUUAUGCAUCACUUCGUGUCGGUUUCUUUGGUCAGGACACGGAUCACCGACUGCAUCCCAGGGCACGCGAGCUGCUGCUCGAGCAGGACGAUGAGCUGCAUUCGCAUGCAGAAAUGAUCUCGACCGCCGUAUCCGACGUGAGAAUAUCAGAGCUCAGUCGACGUACGCACAUGCAUGGCCGCCUUGAGUGCAUUGUGCAGAUAUCGACUUUGGCGGCCAAGGACAAAAUGGCAGACGUGCUUUCAAAGAUCAACAAGGCGUAUCUUAAUGUCACUUACUUCAGACAGGACGGAUCAAGGUGAUCGAUCACCUGACUACCCUGCAAAUUUAUCUCACUGAUGGAUGGAUCGAUUGUGGAUCAUUCAGGGCGUCACGAGUGAUGAAUUUCAACGAGCUGGCGAGUAAGUAUGCAUUCGCCAUCCGCACAGUGGCGGACCAGGCCCGCAGGAUCCCCGACGAAGAGCCCCUGCCCGAUAGCCCUGAGUUCCGGUUUAUUUCCGAAAACUGCGUCGGACCGAUACCGGACGAGGGUAUGCAUAUGCGGGGUGGACGAGACGACUUACUUCAUUGCCCUCACUCACUCAAUCCACUCACUGGGUGGUGUGCAGGGUUUCGGAUCCUGUUGCUGCAGCUGGCACACGUGCAGGACGCGAUCACCACGGCAGUGCUGGUGCUGUCCCUUGCCAGCACUGCAGUGCUCGUGUUCGGGCUGCUCGUCUGCCUUGGCACACUUAAGGUGGCCUUACUUACAGCCAUACACCUCCAUCCAUCGAUACGAUACGUAGAGGCGGCUCAGUCGAUCUUGUUUCACUGUGUCUGUCUGCAGUUGAUCCAGGCGCGUUUGCUUGAGUUCGACAGACGGCAGGAGAACGGGGCACCGGUGGCACUUCAGAUAUGCCAUGAACUCACAGGUGGGAGAGACGGAGACAGGUGCGGCUAUGCCUGUCGCGAUGCGCACGUGCGGUCUGCUGGUUGGACGGUGGGCGAGUCAGGGGUACAGAGUCGAAAGCUGCGGCGGCUAUACAUCAAGAGCUACAGGAAGCCCUUCGGUGAGGAUGCAGAUGAGCAGGGCAGCUUGGGCUCAGAGGCCACCGACGCCAAACCGCCCGCACCUGCGAGUGGUAUGAUCUAAUGGAAACACCACAACCAACUUGAAUUCUGUGUGGACCUAUGACUGUGUGCAUGAAGCCAAAACGUCCCUUUCACUGCCCGCAAAGCGCAAGAAGGUGGCAGCGGCUGCUGAGGAAGACCAGGGGGGAGGGCUGGCAGGCCAGUUCGACCACUUCUUCCGAACGGAGCAGAGGAGCCGCGAGGUGGCCCCGCCCGAGGGACACCCACUGCGGGACCGACAGCCAACUGCAAAGACCAUUGCCACUAAUGUCACCAAUGUCACACGUGCGUAGGCCGGCUGGGGGAUGCAGCCUGUUUGCUUAUCACUUGCGCAAGCUGCCUGCCUGCCUGCCUGUCUGCUCUGCCCGUCUCCUUGUUUGCAGGUGGCGAGAGCACGGAGCAAGAUGUGCCUGACCUGCCGGCACCGGCACCAUGUGGCCAGGAAGUGUUCCCCUCGGGACAGGAGGAGGAAGAGGAGAAAGAACGGCCGCAUGAGGCUGCCGACCUAGCAGAACCACCAGACCGACUCAGAGGUAGGUAGGUAGUUUGGUGAACUGACUGUGUGUGGGGCUCGCUCAUGGGGGCGUCCGUGCACGUACGUCUCCUUGCUUAGAUGCAGCUGUGCCGUCACACCGUGGCGCUUGGGAGCAAUCGCCCCGUGCCGCGCUGGAACCGACAUUCGGCGAUUUGCUCGGCCUGACGGAGGUCAGUCAGUCAGUCAGUACACAUGGAUGCGAGGGCCAUUGCGCACCAUACACGCAUACGCCCCCUGUUGUCAGGGCAAUCUCAAAGCAUAUCAGGUUUGUAUACCUGUUCAACUUUUCGGCAGAGCUGCUCGCUUCACUGUGGGUGGCAUCCAUGGCAUCCUAUGAUCAGGUUUGGGUUGAGGACAUGUGUGGGCCGUGCACAGUGAGGGGCCGGAAGGUUAACUGGCACCUGGCGGAGGUGCUGGGCCUCAAGACUGACCAAAGUGACACGGGCGAGGACAUUGAGUUCAAACUGUGGCUCAGGCAGGCAAAGCACACGCAGGCAGGCACGGUAGACAGGCACGGUAGACAGGCAGGGUAGACAGACACCACUGCUGCGUGUCUAUAUCCAUCGCUACACACGCAGUGCAGCCCUCCCUCCCUCCCUCCCUCCUUCCCUCCCUCCUUCCAUUCCUCACUUGCUGCUUGCUGUAUGCAUGCAUAUGCUUUGUAGAGGUCAGGUAGUUGUGGAGGAGGCGGCGGCAGAGACACAGCAGGAGGCCGCUGGAGGCGGGUUCUUCCGCCGAGCAACAUCUCGUGCGUCCACUCUGCAGGCUGCCACUGCAGGUGCCGAGCCUCUGGAGGAGCUCCGGCGCCGCACACGCUCUUACACUGGCGGGGACGAGAUAGAACAAAACAUCCAGCGGCUAGCGGGCAGCCGCGGGCACUCACAGUCGUCGAGCGCCCGCCCGCCACGGAGAGAGAGCAGCCCCGAAGAUGAGGCGACGGACGGCCAUCGGUCUACUUCGGUGGAGAGGCCAAGGAGCGAUCGGCAAAGGAGCGGCGGUUUAUCGUGUGAUCCCGUGUGCCCCGACGCCAAAAUGACAGGGGUCGGUGCCGGCACCCCUUUCUCCACCCCCCCACCAGCCCCAGCCUCACCCACACAAAGACAAGAGCAGCCACACCUACCUGGGGGGUUUGCCACCAAGCCAAUCCCGCCGGCAGCUGUGCAUCGUGACAAGGUGGCAAAACCCCCUGUCGUGCCGCCUCGUCCGGAGGAGCACAGGCACGAGAAGUACCACCACAGCCACGCCCCCAAGCACCAGCAGGCUGCAGCAUCAGCAUCCAAGGAACCGCCCAUAUUGAUGGGGCCAGUGUGCUGUCCGAAGCCGUGCAGACUCAUCAUGACCAGACUUUACACGUACAGUGCUGCAUGUCUCAGUGCUCUUCUGGGCCGCUUCUCGAGGUGAGACAGUGAGCUGCGUAGCUAGCUACCUGCUGAGCCAGCAGGAUGUUCUUUAAAGGCAUACACACUAGUGCGGGCACGUUGGCAUAUAUUAGUCUUUGUGUGCGUGUGCAGGUACACGACUGCUGGCUGGCUGACAAUUCUUGUGUUCUUCAUGGUGCGUCACAUCAUCGCCACAGUCCUGCUGCAGGAGAUGGGCAGCAAGAAGGUGGAGCUCUCUGAGGUCAAGGAGCUCCAGCUGCACACCAGACAGGUGGUUGCCCUGCUGCCCGACAUUAUUUAUCCGCCAUACAAACCAAGGUAGAUAGAUAUCCACCCAACCAGACAGACGUAUCGUGCACGCAUCGCAUACCUUGCCGCGAACGCGCGCGUAUGCAUCCAUGAUGGCUGUGGCUCUUGCUCGUGUGGGGCUGCUUGCUUGUUCAGGCUGCAGUGGCAGGUUGACCAAAGACGGGAGGAGUUCCAGCACACACUCGCACUUGCCAAACACGUACAUCCAUCGGCGAAGCCAGGCACCGUGGCGCCUCUCGUCUGAAGAGUAGCUUCCUACCUGUCUCAUGGAUGUAUGCAGGACUUCAUCCAGCUGCUGCAUGGCCAUGUUGACGAAGAUCACCUGGAGGCUGAGGACGCCAUGGACCGGCGGCAUCCCAGCCGUCGGGAGUUGCUCUAUGAGCCGGGCUGCCUCCUCAGCCGCGACAACGUCCACGAGCCUCACGGAUGCACUGACCGCCAGCACCCCUAUCUACUCAGCAGGAGGCUGGAGGAAGGUUUGUACGAAGGAGUCGUCAUCUGGAUGAAGUACGCAGGCCACGUUUACUCCAUGUACCACGACAAAUAUGCAGCGGCUCUUGGCACACACCGACGCCGCUUGCUCGACCCGCCAGCAAGACGCCUAUCGACGGAGUUCUCUACCCCUCCCCGUGGCUUCCCGCUGCCGCAAUCACUGGUCAACGCGACAAUGUCCGCCCUCCAGCCACUCCUCCGCAGAUUCAAAGUGAGCCGGCGGCGGACGCGGCCAGCGCGACGGGGGACUCGAUCAAGAAGGACACGGCGGCAGCUCAUGGCCGACCCCUUUGCACAGAAUCCAUUUGACCCUAGCGAGUUCGCCGAUGAGAUCAACCUCAUGUUCCAUCGCACCAUCGAGUCACUGCCGGAGGACGUGACGUUCACACAUCCGCCUGAGUUUUGGUUCCUCACCCAGGUAAGCAAAGCAAAGCAACCAACGAAUGCGUCAAUCAGGAAGACAGCAUAGUGUGUCACAUAUCCCAUCUGCGGAAGAAUGACACACAUAUUUACCACCCUUCUGUCUGUCUGUCUGCCUACAUAGGCACUGUCCUUUGACUUGCGUGACGGGUUGUUUUCUCUUGAGGAGACCAUUCUGGAAGAGGCCCGCGACGACGUCAAGGCGAACGACCAGCUGUCCUGGGUACUCGCCGGGGUGGCCAUCGCACUUAUCAUGGCCGGCAUGGCUCUCGUCGAGGUACUGACCAGAUCGAUGAUGACACAGGUGAAAAACGCAUGCGCCGUACUCAAGGUAAGCUGAGCUACCAACAAACAGACAGGGGCCGGCCAUACGGCUGCCUGCCUGUUUGCCUUCCUUCCUGUCUGCAGACGAUCCCCAUUGACUCGCAGAAGGCUGUCUUGGCCAAGGUGAGGAGUAAAAGACAGGGAAAUCAGACAGCUAGCUGUAGACAGCUGCAGCCAUGGAUGCCACCCCUGCCUGCGUGUCUUGGGUGCUUGUUUAUUGCAUCGCAGGUGUUUGCUGACUACUCUGACGUCGAGAGCGAAGAGGAUGCAGACGAGGACGCAGAUGAGGACCCCUUCUCAAGAUAAAUAAACACACGGAUGGAUGGCUGCUUGUUCGGAUGGUGAGUACGAGAUUAUCCGAAUUUGUUAUGAGUGGGUGUACAGCCGAGGUGCCCACAUGCGUUCAUGCGUAUGCACAAUGCGCACACGGCCGUUUUGCAUCCCAUGGUUGGACACACAUAAGUACAGUACGUAUACUGAAA